AUGUUUGUAAGAAGCGCACGAGAGACCCCGUCGGUGGUCUCCACGAGGGUCUUGAAAACACAUCGUAUGAACUCAGUGGAAAACUUUCGACUACAGGAACGAGUGAAAACAAUCGACUACGAGAGUCAACAUAACUAUUCACAAAUAUCGGACGAAAUCGAUGGUGUUCGCCAAAACCUGGUCAAAAUCAAAGGUGUGAAGAAAAAUGUUGGUGUAAGCGUGGAAAGGAGGAAGCUUCUGCGGGAUAAAGGACUAAGGAUUUUGCCUUCCAAAGAUAAGAGUAAUGCAGAAUAUUUUACGGUGCGUUCAUCAUGCGGAAAGGACAUCAAUAUACCUUGUUCGGAUUUUUAUGACGGAGACACUCUUAGGAAACAGCUGAGUAUCGAUAAAUUGAAAUCGUUAGCGGCACCAAAUCUUGACGCAGAAAAUUCGGACAAUGAGGAGCUAAUUGAUCGCUCCUCGGCUGAAACUCGAGGACGGUCUCACAGCUUAUGGAAAGAUUUCCGUUACAGAAACAUAACGCCUCCUUUAAGGCCAGGUUCCAGGAGAAACUUUAGGGAUGUGGAAGAUGAAAACUCUAAAGAUAAAGAGAAACUGCUUAACCUCGACGACAUCGGUAAUAUAGAGAGGAAGUAUGGAGUUUUGAGACCACAAACUGCGCACCUGAAGAGAGAUAAGGAGAUAGUUCUACGGCCAAGGAGUCGCACAUGCCCAGGUAAUAUUCAAGAGAACAGAGGAAGUACUCCGCGCAGAAAAAUGUCGCGUAAAAGUUCUUCGACAACCGGAAAUGUUAGGAAGAAGUCUCGUGGCAGUGAUUCUGUAACCAGCGAAAAGAAAACUGACGAAAAAUCAGCCGACCUACAACUGGAAAGCGGACUACGAACAGAAGCGAACUUUUUAUGGGAAGAAAGCAGUGAUAACGUUGUGUUGGAAGAGACAAUUUCUCUGGAUCUGAAGCCUUCGUUAAGGCCAAAAAUACGUCCCAGAUCUAUGACUGUUGCUUCUAUGGCGGGAAAAAAAGGAAUUUCUGGUACAGUUGCUGACCUGAGACGAAUGAGUUUGGAAAGUAGUACAAGUAGUGUUCACCUUCCACCUGCUCCAUCGAAUGGAAAUUGGUUUCAUUCCAAGUCGCCAGAAACAAGCCCUCGAGUUCCGAAGAAAAAAGUUGUGGCUGCCAAUCAUGUAAAGGAAGAAAAUGAUGAACCGGAUGGAGACCAACGAAAGUUUUCUAAGCUUUCAGAGAGGAAAGUUUCGUGGAAGGACUCUGUUCACGAUGCUAGCGAUGAAAUGGACAGUGGAAAAACCAGAGGCGAGGUUACUGAUGCUUCCCUGCCUUCUAACGCAGCAUUAAGGAAGCCGAGAACAAACGGUGUACUAAGCGCCGCUACACGCGCGCAAAGCGCUCCCCAAGGGCGUCCAGGCCUGUCCCGUCAUCAAAGCUCGACAUUGAAAAAAGUUUCAAAGAUAAACGGAAGGCGGAACAGCGCUGGAGAUUUUGUCUACGACGCAAGGCCUGACAAAGCACUGAGUAAAGGCUACAUGACGAUGCAGAUGACAAUCGGUGGUAAGCAAGUCAGGGUAUACGUACCCAAGUUUUCAACCAGCGAUUGCAUAGAUGAUGUCACGCCAGCGGAGAGGGCUCGGGCCAAGUCAGCUCUAAAAGCUGCUGGAGGGACUGGAAGGAAACUGACUGCUAAAAACAAAUAGCUGAUGUCUCAGACACUCCAGACGGUCGACCACUUAGAACCGAUACUUAUUGCGUUAUAAAAAAUAGUAUCCAUCCGCCAUAUGAAAGUGGAUGUCACAACAUAUAAAUCUAAAAAAAG